UGUUACUCGCCAUUUUGCCGUUGUGUGUGUGCGAUCAUCCUUUCGUGUUCACGUGCGUGAUCGGUGCGCAAGCCGGUUUUUCGAUAUUAUACGACGCGAGUUGUAAUGUAUUUACGAUACAUUAAAGUAUUUUCACAAAGUAAACUGCCUCAUUUAUUACGCGCUGCCGAAUCACAUUGGGCAUGGUCACAGAACAUAGAUCGCCGACAAGUCACAGGGCACGAGACAAGUCUCACGAAGAAAAAACAGCGUUCCGCAAUAAGGACAACACGAUCCUUUCCCUAACAGAUGCAAUAUUUGUCUUUUUCUUUGAAACCUUUUUCUGUUGAAUUGAAGGCUCAAGGAAAAUAUAGAGAAUAGCUCCAUUUUUAGCAUUGGCUUUUUUCUUGGAAGCCAAAAUAUUGUGCCAUCCGUUAAUUUAUGCACGAAUUCCCUGUUGAUAUCGUCUUCAUUGAAGCAUUCAUACACUCUGUGCUCUUUGACUGCUGCGGGUUGGCAAUCAGUAUGCGGCGCCUCAUUGUCUCGAAUAUCAUUCGCUGGUCACGAGACAUAUACGUGGAGCAUGUACCUGGCUCCUUCCCGUUCCUCUGGGGAUCAUCUCGUGACACCGCCGAAAGCAGUUCGACGCUGGCUCACUGAAAGAAUUGCACAGGACGCGGCGCGUCGCGGCUCGAAUGAAUGUAGAAGCAGAAAAGGAGAAGAUGACACCGCAUUUUACAACGCUAACUCCAGUGCGGAAGCGAUGUGUAAUCGUGCUGGUGCUAGUUUUAGUUCCAUGCGUGAUUCUGAAUCUGCUGACGCCGUCAGACAUGCGUGAGGAAGCCGUACUACAGAACAGCAUCGCUGAGUUGCAGGCCAAGCUGGAGCAUUUGCAUGCCAAAUACAUUAGCAGUCAGGAAGAAAUAAAUUUGCUGUCGCAUCAGUUGCUACAGCUGAUUGAGAGCAAUCACAUUCUACCAGAUCUGCAGUUGCUCAUUAACAACGGCACUUCGAACGUCACCAAUAUCAAACUGCCUUCGAUCUACAAUUUUCUACCACAUUUUCUUAAUGAUCCGAAUAGUCUGCGUCCUGCAUUUGUACAGAGCAAAGGUAGAUCAGGAGUAAGCAUGGUGUUGGGAGUACCGACGGUAAAACGCGAGGUUCAAUCUUAUCUUAUGGCGACUUUGAAAAAUCUGCUGGAUCGUAUGAAUACCGCAGAGAUCGCUGACACACUCAUCAUCGUUUUAGUAGCCGAAACAGACAUUGAUUACGUGACAUAUGUGGCGAAACAAAUUGAAGUUCAAUUUCCGAACGAAUGCGAAGCUGGCGUGAUCGAUGUGAUAUCACCAUCAUUAUCCUAUUAUCCUAAUUUAUCAAAAUUACGCGACACUCUCGGCGACGAUCAUCAACGUGUCAUUUGGCGAUCCAAGCAGAAUCUCGAUUUUGCUUUCCUUAUGUCCUAUGCCCAAACUAAGGGCACAUUUUAUGUACAAUUAGAAGAUGAUAUUUUAGCUAAGAAGAAUUUUAUAACUACCAUGAAAUCUUUUGCGUUACAAAAGAUAGGUACAAAGGAAAAUUGGUUCGUUCUCGAUUUCUGUCAGCUCGGUUUUAUCGGAAAACUGUUCAAAUGUGUGGAACUUCCUUGGUUGAUUCAAUUCUUUUUAAUGUUCUAUAAUGAUAAGCCUGUUGAUUGGUUAUUGGACCAUUUGAUAUCGACAAAAGUCUGCAGUCUUGACAUGGACCACAAACAUUGUAAAAUGGCUAAAGCAGAAUUAUGGGUACAUUACAAACCUUCUCUUUUUCAACACAUAGGGACGCAUUCCUCCUUAAAAGGAAAAGUGCAGAAACUUAAAGACAAACAAUUUGGCAAGAUAACACUAUUUUACGCUCAUGAGAAUCCUGAGGCAACUGUGGAGACUCAAAUCAAGCCUUACAAACAGUAUACAUUGCAAAAAGCAUACAAGGGCGAGUCAUUCUUUUGGGGCUUGCUACCUCAACCGGGAGACCACUUAAAGUUUAAAUUUUCGCAUCCUAUUUUUAUAAAAAAGUACUUAUUCAGGAGCGGAAAUCCUGAACAUCCUUCUGAUAGAUUUUACAAUACGACCGUGGAAGUAUUAGUCGAAAUGUCUCCAUUAUUAGAUAGAAAUAGCAACGAUGUGACGGAAGAUGGUUAUGUUAUUAUAGGUAAGUUUGAUGUACUUGGUGUUGCCGAAGGGACCGUAGAUCGAGGACUGGGUAAGGUUUCGGUACUUCGUUUAACUAUACAUAGUGAAAGUGAAAACUGGGCCAUUCUAUCUGAGAUUCAUAUAAUAGAAGAUCAGCCUAGCUGAUUAAAGGAUGAAGAUUCUCAAGUGAUCUGUCGGUACCACUUGCAUGGUUAGCAUAAGCGACUGAUUAUUUUAUAAAUGUUUCUUAAUAAUUUAUAUAUUUUUUUAUUUUGCUGUCAUAUGUAUUUAAAUGGAUCAGUUAAUUCAAUGCCGUCCAUUACAAAAGAGAAAAUAUGUUUUAAUGAAUAUGUUUAAUAUAAUCAAAGCCGACUUUUAGGUCGAGCAUUUUAAUGGUCGAGCUUUUUUUUUAGUACACAUGGCGCUUGUUAAAGUGCAAAAAUCAGGUAGUAAUGUAAUAAAUUUGCUUCUGAUAUUCACACUUUUGCGAAUAUCCGUUUUACAAGUGUAUACAAUGGCACACUGUUGAGUUUAGAACUAUAUAGCGUAAGUGUUUCUUGCUUUUUGUAAGAUUGUAUUUUAGUUCGGAAUUUAACUGACUUGUACCUGUUGUUCGCGCGUCUCGACUCGCUCUCGAUUAGAAUCCGAUCAAAACUUUUGUUGACAACCGAAACACUCGGCUACAUGUCAAUUUCAGCCGAAACCAAAAUUAAAAAAUAGGAAUCCUAUAAAGGCCAUAUGUAUAAAUAUACCUUUAUAUUAUAUAU